UGGACUAAAACUUAGCUCUAAGUUAGGUAUAUUGUGUCAUGUAAAAAGUGUUUUUUGAGCAACAAAACAUGAUUUUUAAUUUUAUUUCUUCAUCAUUGAGAGAAGAACAUUUCAGGUGUGAUAGCUGCCUUAGCUACUAAUUGCUGAAUAUUAGGAGAAAGUACCCUGCGUCCUUCUCUGCAUUGGACCAUGAGGAAAGGUCUUCACACAUGUGCUUUCCUUCCUCUCUUGUAUCAAGUCAUCUUUGCUUGCUUUUACGCCCAUAUACAUACAAGGGGUGGAUAUUCAUAGCAGUAAGUUGAAAAGAGAAAAAGAGAAAGAACAAGAUACACUUGCAAUCCCCUUCUCCUUCUGAUCCACUAACGGCUGGGACACCAAAGGCUAACAAAAAGACCAGAAAGGUCAAAGGCUAUCAAAGGAGGAGAGUUCUCCAAGCCUCCCGUCUACUCCUAAGCCCUCAGCAAUACCGGACAUUGCCUCCAAUUUUACAUAGGCUUGACUUUGUGGAGGAGAUGCACAGAGCACAUCAAACUGGUUACCUGACCUCGCCUGAGGCAAAGGUGACACUACUAUUAACAGUCCUACUGCUAUUAGACUUCUCCAGGCAGCAGCAGUUCACAAGGCACGUUCCCCACAAAGUACCUACAUCUGAGCUUACAUGUACUGUGAGCUGUGCAGUAUUAUCUGUUUCGUAUAAAAAAGUUUGUCACUAAACCAAAAUCACACCACUGUAAAUAAAUAAUAAAUCAGGUGUGAAACCUAGGUUCUCUGAUUCCAGAUCUUUCCACAAGACCCUGCCUUUUCCCAAGAUUUCCUUUUGUAAUGAAUCUACCCAUUUUAUUACUGAGGGUCUAGUUCUUUUAUCUUUCCAACUGAGUUCUUCAUUGUUUAUCAUUUACCUACCACGGUCACCUGGCAUCCUCUUCUUUCCCUAGAUACUGAGAUAAUUUGGUAAAGACACACAGUUCCUAAAAUUUUACUACAUUAACCUCAGAGAUGUCACUGUGGUCUCCCUGACACCACAGCAAGCCCUUAGGAAGGGGCUGGCCCAUCUCUGAUGCAGAGUAGAUAUAAUGUCUAUCAGGAGAAAGCCUGUCGUCAUUGUCCAUAAAUGGUCUGAAACAUCUGGUUAAACCUGCCCAGUUGUAUCCAGUAUGUAUUCAUAAAGUUAUUUUAUGGGUAUUUGAUUCAACAGCUUCUGUUAUUUCUGACUUUCUCUGCAGAUUGAUAAUCUUCAUAUUUUUAAAUGGACACAGAUAACCAGACAUGGGUGAGAGAGUUUAUCCUCCUCGGCCUGUCCAGUGACUGGGACACUCAGGUCUGUCUUUUUGUCCUGUUCUUGGUCAUGUACCUGGCGACAGUGGUGGGGAACUUCCUCAUUGUCCUUCUGAUCAGACUGGACAGCCGACUCCACACUCCCAUGUAUUUCUUCAUCAGCAACCUCUCCCUUGUUGAUGUGUCUUAUGCCACAACCAUCAUCCCUCAGAUGCUGGUGCAUCUUCUUGCAGAACAUAAAGCUAUCCACUUUGUGAGCUGUGCAGCCCAGUUAUUCUUCUCCCUGGGCUUGGGUGGGAUUGAGUUUGUUCUAUUGGCAGUGAUGGCCUAUGACCGCUAUGUGGCUGUGUGUGACCCCCUGAGGUACUCGGUCAUCAUGCACGGAGGGCUCUGUGCCAGGUUGGCCACUAUGUCCUUGGUCAGUGGGUCUGUCAAUGCCCUUGUGCAGACUGCCAUCACCUUUCAGCUGCCCAUGUGCACGAACAAGUAUAUCGAUCACAUAUCCUGUGAGCUCCUAGCUGUGGUCAGGCUGGCCUGUGUGGACACCUCCUCCAAUGAGGUUGCAAUCAUGGUUUCUAGCUUCAUCCUGCUGAUGACACCCUUCUGCCUGGUUCUCUUGUCCUACAUCCAGAUCAUCUCCACCAUCCUAAAGAUCCAGUCCACAGAGGGGAGGAGGAAGGCCUUCCACACCUGUGCCUCCCACCUCACAGUGGUUGCCCUGUGCUAUGGCAUGGCCAUUUUCACCUACACCCAGCCCUGUUCCAGCCCUGCUGUCCUUCAGGAGAAGUUGAUCUCUCUCUUCUAUGCCAUUUUGACACCCAUGCUGAACCCCAUGAUUUAUAGUCUAAGGAACAAGGAGGUGAAGGGGGCCUGGAAGAAACUGUUAGGGCAAUUAUCUGGAUUAAUGUCAAAACUGGCAACCUGGUGAAUCCCGAGCAUCAUUUGGAGACAAGAGCUUUGCCUGUGUGUUCUCCCACUCAACUCUGAUGAGACAGGCGUCAGCUGCAUCGCCCCGGCAACCAGGAGCGGGAUGAGAAAACGUGUGCUGGUGACGCGGGGCAGGAGGCUGAGUGGCUGAGUCGGAGUGUGGGAAGUAGGGGCAUUUGUAUGUUUCAGGAGCUGUGCGGUGGGGUUGUACACUGCUGUAAUCCAACUGCCCACCCGACCUUCAUUCUAUCACCUGAAGGUAAUUGAAGAAAAUACCAUUUACUGCUUUCAUUCACCACACAGUUUGUAGUCAUGGACGUUUUCAUAAAUCUUACCUUGGAACACUGGUUUUUACUAAUCCACAUUUUGUACAAAGUUAUAUUUUCAUUGGGAACAAAAUUAAUUUCAUAUUUGAAGACUCACUUAAAAUAAUGUGUGGCACAUGCAGCCACACCCAGUAAUUGUGUGAGUUGCUACUCCAAGAAGGGUGUUGCCUCAAGGUCCAUUAAGAUGUUUUUGAGCCAGACUUACUGUAUGUAGAUUUAUAGAUUCUGUCUGAGAAAUGAAAAUAAUCAAGCAGAGAAACGUCAACUAAAGUUCUUUUUUUUUACCCUGAUAAGGUUAUAACCAAGGGUUGUUUGUACACAGUGACAUUUUGGCUAAAGAAAAUCUGAGAUUCAGUUAUGCUAAAUAGUGUAUGAAUAAUUUGG